CGUGUGCAAUUAAUAUUUGCUUAAAUUAAAAUGUCCGAUUAUUUGGAAGCUAGCGCCUAUAUAAAGUGGGACCUUUAUUUUUUCUAAAAGCAAUCGUCACGAUAUUAAUAGUGAUCGGUAUAGACAUGGUGAAUUUCAUACUUUAUACGAAAGGCUACGAAACCAUGAAGAUAAAUUUUAUGAAUACACUCGAAUGACCGUAACAACUUUUGACUACAUAUUAAAUGCUGUACAAACACAGUUAUCGAAACCCGAAACUAACUUCAUUGCCUUAACAAUAUCUCCUGCGCAGAAACUUUUGUUGACUCUGAGGUACUUGUCUACAGGGAUGUCAUUCCAAUCACUAGCUUUUUCCUUCCGACUAGGAGCUACUACUGUUGGAAAUAUUAUAUAUACUACAUGUGAAGCAAUCUGGGAUCAGUUAGUACAUAUACACAUGCCUCAACCUACAAUGGAACAUUUGAAGAAAAUUGCAAAUGACUAUUAUGAAAAAUGGCAAUUUCCUAACUGCAUUGGGUCAAUUGACGGGAAGCACUGUCGUAUAAAGAAACCUAAACAUUCAGGAUCUGAAUACUUUAACUACCGAAAGUUUUUUUCUUUAGUGCUUCAAGCAGUUGCUGAUGCUGAUAAAAAAUUCAUCGUUAUUGAAGUUGGUGGUCGAGGCAAACAAAGUGAUGGUGGCACGUUUCACUACUCGAGAUUAAAUAGACAACUAGAAAACAAAACGUUCAAUAUGCCACCUCCUCAAGUGCUUCCAAGCACCGACAAGCAGCUACCCAUGGUCUUGAUUGGCGAUGAAGCUUACCCAUUAAAAGUCGUAAAGAGUCGUGUCGCUUAAACUAAAAAUGCUUUCAUGAAACGGCCCGUUGUUAAGUUAUGCAGGUUAGGUGAAUGAAAACUUAAAUCUAGUACGGAUAUAAACAAGUAACAAACUUAUUAUACUCGUGCGAAAAUAUAAAACAUUUAGUUUUGCAUCCGUUGCACUUUCUUUAUCAUUAUUUUGUAUUAUGAUAUCUGUAGGUCAUGGUUUUAUAACAUAAGUAAAUUAAGUAGUAACAAAAGUAUUUAUUUUGAUAGCAUUAAAUACAUGCAAAUAAUUAGAAACUACUGGCGGUUAGUUGGACAUUACAAUACUCAACCCUAAUUAGAAGGCAAUAAGGCCAUUGGGUCCAUAUGAAGUACCCAGAUAAGAUUUGUGGAAGAAUACAAUCGCGAUCAUAUUGCGAUGGAGUC